AUGAGCCCUGAGCCGCGAUCAUCCUCAAACACUUCCAUGUCUGCCUCUCCCGAAAGAAAAGCUCCUGUCAUAUUGGUCUUCCCGUCGUCUGAACCUGCUUCACCUCCUCUUCGAGCUGUGACCCCUCAAAACUCGAAAGACUCGAUUGCCAAGUCCUCUCCCCUGCCUUCCGAACCCACCCGCACCAACCCACCUUCCACCCGCAAACGUUCCUCCAACAUCAACCAAGGCUCCCGCUUUCCACCUCGCACCCCCACAAACGACCGCCAAUGCACCAACUGUGGUGAAAGGGAUACCCCACAGUGGAGGGGUACGUUGUGCAAUGCGUGUGCGCUUUGGAAGAGGAGUCGGGGUACGGAUAGACCGUUGCCGCUUCUUUUUCCCUUGCGGAGAAGCCCUACGCCCCCCGAAGAUACUCGAAUGAAUAGGCAGGGAAUGGAAAACAAUGCGAGGUAUGGGGUGAUGCCACCAAACUGGUGGGCUGAGGAACGGAAGAUGCUGCCGCCUUCUGAUUGUCUUGAAUAUUCUCUCUUUCCUCGUCAAACCAUGCAGCAUACCCCCCACCAUUUACAGUCAGGAGAAUACACCUCUCCCAUAUCGCCAAAAAGCCAUGGCUCUGAUACGGGUACCCACGGGAUCAUAUCGCGGCGGAUGGCUGCAAUCAUGGCCCAAGCUCACGCCCAGACUCGACCGGAUUAUCACGCGAACUUUUACGGGACUAGAGAAGGGACUGGUCAAGAGGAAUAUGCGCCUGCUCGACAUCCCGAGGCCCAAAAACCGACACAUGGUUCUUCACCUUACAAACAACGAUCACAGCGUCCAAGCCCUACGUUCCAUCCCUACGCUACUUCCUCUCAACGUCAGUCUCAUGCUUUUUGCCCUCGCCGUAUCGGACAGCCCCCCAUGUCUCCUUCAUCUCCACCGACUCUGGUUAGCAGCAAAGAGGAUUUCAUGCGAGGUGCAGAAUGGUUGUAUGACAUGAUUACUCGAGCUGCUGGGAUGCUGGUGAGGGCUGAAGAUGAGUAUCUGCGGGAAGAUAAUCUGGGGUUGAAUCGACCAGGAGAUUAG